CAAAGAGAAUUUUUUUAAUUUCAUUAACGAUAUUUUUACAUAUUACAUAUAUUGAAAAAGUUGAAUCGUUUGGAAAAUUUCGACAUGAAAGAUAUAAUAAUAAUAAUAAUCAAUUGAAUGAUAAAAAAGAAUGUAACUUAAGUGAUAAAAAAAUGAAAAAUUUUCCCAUAGUAAAUAAUAAAAUGGAAACCAAUGAAAAUACUUACAUUGAUCCUCAUUAUAAUUGCAAUAGACCCGAAAAAAAUUUUAUUCAAAAAAUUUCUUAUCAAUCAAUAACUUCAUCAUAUUUUUCUCAUUCUUGUGGCAUUAUCGAUGUUAAUCUUUCAUCAGCUUGCAUCAGAUGUGAAAUGUGUCUUGCCAUUGCUCAGCAGAUAAAUCAAACACUAAUUGAUAUUCACGAAUCAAUGAUACCACUUCUCUGGCUUAAUGAAACAGAAGCCUCUAAUCUUUUAAGAACAAUUUGCAACGAUUCAUUCAAACAUUUCAGUUUACGUUCUCUCAAUGGAAAUUAUCAGAUUUGCGAUCGACAACCGGGUGCAACUCUUGUUACAACGUCUGUUGAUGGUCUUUGGGAAAAACAUUUAAGAAACAAGUGUCAUCAUUAUCUCGAUGAAAUGAAUCCAAUCCGACUAUAUGAACAAUGGAAAAAAUGGUGCGAUAGUGCAGAUGAUGAGCAAGGAGCAGAAGAUUUAUCAACUACUUUAUGCAGAGAUGAUACAACAUUUUUUCGAGAUUGUAAAAGUAUCGAAGAAAAUGAUUAUAAGAAGCCUAAUGCACCGUCAGAAGAUUUUGAAACUCAUGUAAAAAUCUUAGCAGAAAUUAAAUGGAAAUAGUUUAUAGUAAAUGUAU